AUGUAUAGAUACAACACUGUAUUCAUUUCUGCGUAUAGGAGUGGUGAGGAAGACAAGGUAGAAAGCAACGACGGAGGGCAACCAGUCCUAAAUAGCAUCCUCAAGCGUUCGACUGCCAACGUUAAAAAUGAGGUUAUUCCGGAAAAGCAUAUACCCUUCGCACAACACUUAAAUAAAAAGCGUGUUCAGAACUUCGCUAAUCUGCAAGAUUCAAAAAGACAAAAACAGGAUCCCCAAAACAUGAAACAAGCACGACAGAAACAAAGAGCGCCUCUCCCACCAAACGUAGGAUCCCGGACAUACAAUCCCGCUCCAAUGUCCGCUCCAUCUAACAGGAAGGCGGUACCACAGCAAUAUGUGUAUCUACAGCAGCCCGGGGGCAGCACAAGGCGAUACCCCCCGGGAUAUCAAUCAUCUCGUCCUCAGUCGGCGCAAAAUCAUGUGCGAAAUUCUAGAACUCUUCCUCCAUACAGGAUAGUACCGCCACAAUUUGAGCUCCUCCGCAUGGACGAUAACUCCCCGCAAAUUCGUCUGGGUCGAUACCGACCAAAGGUCAUUCAGGAGCACUUUAGUCCUAACAAUAUCCGAGACGCUGAUUUUCGCAACAAAGCACGGGAAGAAACAACAGCGAAAAAACGUAAACCGGUGCAGACUCACACGUGGGAAAAACAGGACAAGUCAGAAGACAAGGUAAAUAUGAACGUACAAAAUGGAAAUACAUCAACAAUGCGUACCAAAACAAUUGUGCGUCUCAAAGCUCCACCAGGCCAGACACAAGAUAAUUUACAGUGGAGGUCACAGUCCACUCACAAGUCUUCUGUCACUAUUCCACCUAAUUCCUCCAGAUCCACAGAAGAUGACGACAAUGGAAACUAUGUAAUUGUGGACUAUGUGGUAGAUAACCUAAGUCCUAAACUGUUACAAAUGAAACUGACUGAAAAUAGUGAGUCCACUUUGCAGACAAAGGACCCUACUAAUAGAUUACCCAAUAAUGAACUAAUAUCAAGAUCCACACAUUCAAAUGUCAACUCUGGCAUGACAACCUUGAUUCCUACAGGUUCAGACAAUGGAGCUGAAAUGAUAGAAACACAAAAACAGAUCCUUCAACAAAGGCAGUCUGAAGUUUCUCUAGCACAGCUGCCCAUAUCAGAAACUGUUUUGUAUGCCCCUGAUAAUACUCGCUUCUAA